CCGGACUUGGGCCGCUGAAAAGAAAUACUGGGAUACGAGAACAUCAAAGAAAGUCGAUUCUGCGAAUGGACUGGGGUAUGCUGGUAUGAUAGACGGUAUUGGUUCCUGUGGCUUCGCAUUAAUCUCUUCCCCUCCCCAUGGGGUUGAGGAUGGCCACGCUAUGUCAUCAAGUAGUUCUGUAUAAAUGGGAUUAGUCCCCCUAUUUUGUUUAUACUCUUAAUAGCUGAGGGGGCUUAUUGUUUCUCAUCUACCAGUCUACUUACGGUAAAAGAUGUCUCGGGAAGCAGAGAUCUCCAAAACUGAAGAACGACAUGUCGAAUCCAUCGAGCCAGAAACCCAUCCACAGCACCGAUCAACCGAUAAACCAAAAGAAAAUGAUGUUGCCGGCCCCAUAAAUGACCUAGGAUGCUCCCCCAUCCUCACAAAGGAGACCAACACCCACGUCCUCCGGAUGAUCGAUCUGCGACUCCUCCCAAUUCUUCUAGGCGUCUACUUCCUACAGCAAAUUGAUAAGACUACUUUAUCCUACGCAUCUGUGUUCGGGCUAAUUGAAGAUGCAAACCUCCACGGUCAGCAAUACUCCUGGCUCGGCUCGGUUGUCUAUCUCUCUCAACUGGUCGUCCAGCCGCUCGUCGCGUAUAUUCUGGUCAAGGUGCCGCUGGGGAAAUUCUUAGCCAUUACUAUGUUGCUUUGGGGAAUUGCGUUAACAUGCAUGACACCAUCGGACACAUUUGCGAAGCUGUUGGUUUGUCGGUUGUUCUUGGGUGCUUUUGAGGCGGGAAUUCCACCGGCUUUUAUUGCGGUUACGCAGAUGUGGUAUCGACGUCUUGAACAACCUGUUAGACUGGGCUCUUGGUACGCGAUGAACGGUGUUGUCAAUAUGUUUGGGAGUUUGAUAACAUAUGGCCUUGGUCAUAUUCAGUCUCACAUUUUUGAGUCCUACCAGAUAAUCUUCUUGUUCUUCGGUCUCAUUACGGUCACAUUUUCUGCAGUUGUACUGUGCUUUAUGCCGGACUCUCCGGUGCGAGCCAAGUUUCUCAAGGAAGAGGAUAAGCUUGUUGCAAUUGAGAGGCUCCGAAUGAAUCAACAGGGUGUCGAAAACAAUCAAUGGAAAUGGGACCACGUUAAGGAAGCCUGUCUAGACCUAAAAACAUGGUUUUGGUUCGUGCUGAUGUUUGCUAUAUCACUCCCAAGCGGUGGCAUAUCCACCUUCGGUCCCCUAAUUAUCGAGUCCUUCGGUUUUGACCAAUUCAAGACGAUCCUCUUCAAUAUCCCCUUUGGCGCAGUUCAGCUCAUCGCGACCAUGGGGGGAGCAUGGCUAGCCACUGUACUGAAAAUGAAGGGACCUGUUAUUGCCUUACUAUGUCUGUUCUCGAUUGCUGGUUGUGUGAUGUUGUUGCGCAUCGCACAUGAUGCUGCUCAUAAGGGACCUUUAUUGGCAGGGUAUUAUAUUAUAUCUGUCUAUCCAGGCAUAACACCACUGAUAUAUUCAUGGUCCGCCGGUAACACAGCAGGCGAAACAAAGAAGAAGGUCACGACCAGUCUUCUGUUAAUCGGUCAAUGCACUGGUAAUGUCGUUGGUCCUAAUCUAUACACGACCGCCGAUGCACCACUCUAUAGACGAGGCUUAAUCUCGAGCCUUGCGAUGUUCUGCGUUCUAAUCUUGCUCAGUUUAUUGAAUACGGCAUACCUCUUCCUCCUAAACAAGAAACACAAGAAUAAGCGAGUCUCCGUGGGCAAAAGCGCCAGAAUCGUCGAUAAAUCCAUGGCUGCCAUCGGAACAGUGUUUAAAGAAGAGGAGGGCAAAGUCCAGCAGGAGGGUGUUGAUGAUAAUGCACUCAGAGAUCUGACAGAUUUGGUUAAUGAGGAUUUUGUCUAUGUAUACUGAUUUUUGUCCUGUGUCUUUGUUUAGGCUUGGAUAGGUUUGUACGUAGUAGGAAUAUUAUGGACUAAGCGGGUG